AUGAUUCCACAACGACUGGUGAAAGUUAUGUAUCUGCUGUUGCUGACAGCUGGUUCCAGUGAGUGCAGUAAUGAUUCCACGACACCAGCAUUGACAAUGCUUCCUACAGUGGACACGGAUCCUCCUCAAGCCAAUGUUGCACCAAUCACAGAUUAUCCUGACAAUGUUGCAUCAAUGACGGAUGCUACCACCAGUUCUGUAUUAAAGACGGUGGACCCUCCCGAUAAUGCUGUGUUCAUGCGUCGACUUAUCCUCGACCACAGACGUUACUGCGGCAGACCGGGUGUCUGUCUUCACCGCUGGCCUGACCGGUGUUACAGGUGCGAACCCUGCCAAUGCGAUGAUUUCUGCUCGUUGUAUGACGACUGCUGUCCUGACAUUCUGUCCAGACAGUCCAAUAUUAGUAUCGGCGAUAACCACCGGCUGCCGCGAGAAUGCGUCAGUGCAAUAAGCAGAAUGUAUGGAGACAGAAUUGAAAACGUCACUGCACGGGCAGUAGCCGUCAGAAGAUACUUCAUGGUGACGUCAUGUCAGAAUGACGAAAUGUCACAGUUAUGCGCAGACUCACCCACGUUGCCUCCAGUGACUUCAGUGGCAGACAAUGUUACAUUUCUCAACAAGUACUGUGCGGCGUGCAAUAAUGUCACACAAUACAGACCAUGGGCUGUUAAAAUAGACUGCACUGAGAAACUUAAUGUCUCAAUUUACCGUACUGCAUUGCAACUGCUGACGGCCAGUCUAAACGAUGACACGUGCGCAGUCUACCAUCACCCUCCAAAUGGAGUCACAGCAAGAGAGUGUUUCUAUGACGACAGUGUCAUAUCCAAGUGCAAUGUCACGGGGAUGUGGCCAGCGUAUGACGCAUUCACUGAAAGAGCUUGUGGAACGUUUACAACUGUUAAGUUGCUGGAUGGACGCCGCUAUCGAAACCCGUUCUGUUUCAUCUGCAACGCGGAGAGUUACAGAAAACUGUUUCCAAAGUGUAAAAGGAAAUUUGAUGGUGGACCUGUAGCGUUCUCGGCUCUCCUCGAUUUCGGCGACAUAUUUCAUCCAGGCAACACGGACCCAACUACACAGUGUGACGAAGAUAAAAUCUAUGACGCAGAAAAGGACCGGUGUCGAGUUGUUACCUGUUCACCAGGCAAGCAGUUGAUCAGAAUGCAAUGUGAAGCAAGCUUCGGCAUCUCAAAAGGUCUUGGUUAUGAGUUUUAUUUUGGCAUGGAAAGUGAUGACGUCAUUCCUCUCACAGACGAUAAAGACUUUCUUCACUUGCUUCCGUCCAACUUGGUAGAUUUUAUAUCAGUCACGUGGUUCAAAUCACAGGUUACAUUUCACGACUUUACGUUAGUGUACAACACCACAGGUGAAAACGGAACUUGUUCUCAAGCUACACAGCAUCUUGGGUUGCAUGCCAGGUUAACUAUUGUGAGGCAAGUGGACCAGAUGCAGUUUGAAAGGAAACUUCUUUCUCUGAAACAUUUAAAUUUCACCUUUGCUAUUAACGACAGGGUAUUCAGCUUCAGGACGUAUCCUGACAGCGAGGCCAGGUAUGUGGGACUAAAUGGGAGAGGCAAAUACAGCGAACGUUCCUCGUGUGUUAUCAGUGUGUCAAUUGGCCACAGACAGUCCGACACAGACACAGUUGACGUUCAGACUAAAGAUGUCUAUUUUAUACGAGUAUCAAACCUGCUGGAUUGUCCUCAGAUCGAUCUAGAUCUGGACGAAUACAGUCUACAUGAUACCAAUAGCACCCUGAGUCUCCAAUGGUUAAAUCACACUCUCGAAGAAGACGAUUACGAAACUAAUGGUGAUGGAACAAUCAAAAUUUGUCUGAAAUACUUUAAACCAGAAGGAUAUAUUUCUAAAGGGAUUCCAGUACGAGAAGACAGUGAUGCUGUUAUCAUAGUAUCUAUGGUCUGUACAGUACUGUCGCUAUCAUGUCUUCUUGUGAGUUUUAUGACAUUCUGUAUAUUUAAGCCUUUGCGACAAAUACCAGGUCAAAAUAACAUGAAUCUCUGCUUCACCCUCUUCUCGGGACAACUCCUGUAUCUUGUUGGAUCUGGUCAGACGUCCAUCAAAGGAGUCUGCGAGGCCAUGGGUAUAUUUAUCCACUACUUCUGGCUAGCGGCUUUCUGUUCCAUGGGCAUCUGUUCCUUCCACAUGUUUAGAGUCUUCACAUCCAUGAGGAACCGAGACGACUCCAGCGACCGCAAACGCAAGUUCCUCCAAUACUGCAUCUUCGUCUACGGAAUGCCUGUCGUCAUCGUGGUCGCCACUCUGGUGAUCCACCUCAUCAUAUCAGAAGGGAGGACAAUCGGCUACGGUGGGCGCGUCUGCUAUCUCUCGUCUGCAGCUGCUGUCGGCUUGGCGUUCGGUGUACCUGUUGCAGCCACUGUGGUGGUGAACGCGGUGUUUUUCUUCAUGACCAUCAGGUCUAUCCGGAUCUCGCCGAAGCUGGCCAAGAACAAGCAGGACGAAGAGCACAUCCUGGUGUACGUGAAGCUGUCCACUCUGACUGGAAUCACUUGGAUCACCGGCUUCAUCGCCAUCGGGACCCAGAUCCCAGCGCUGGAGUACAUCUUCAUCAUCAUCAACGCUAGUCAGGGCCUCUUUCUUUUCUUCUCCUUCGUGUGCAACAGGCGCAUCUACAAGAUGUUUAUGGACUGCUGCAGGGGGACCAAUUCGAGAGGUCGAGGACGAUCUGGCAACUACGUCAACUCUGACUCAAAUUCGCGAACUAAAUCAACAACGUUUACAAUCACCUCAAGUACAUUAUCCGAAUAACAGAACUGAUAACUUUAUAUUCAACAAAUGAAACAAUUGUAGAUCAUAAAUGACUGGUUUGGGGAAAUGUUCAAUACCUGGUAAGAUGGUACUGGAGCCUAUAUAUAUUAAUAAAUCAUAAUAAACUAUCUUUUUACUCA